GCAGCAGCAGCAGCAGGAGGAGGAGGACGAGUCCAGGACAGUCAUCACAGAGAUCACACACCAGCUUCCACAGCUGAAGUGGGACAGCCAUGGAGGACACCAUCACCUGCAGCCAUGCCACCUUCUCCCAGGUGUUUGGACGUCAGGGACAGCUCAUGCAAGCCACCGUCCAGUCUCUCAACAGCUUGAACGACCAGAUUGCUCAGUUCGUGGUGACCAGACCUUGCAGCCUGACUGAUGAGGAUGAGGCCUUCAUACCGGGAGAGCGCGACACCUUGAGGAAGUCCAUGACCCUGAUGAGACACCUGCUCAUGGACGCCCAGGGGAAAAUCCUUAAAAUGAUGGAGGACAACAAACAGCUGGCACAGAGGAUUGAUGGGGCCAUCCAGUCAGCCAGUCAGGAAGUGACCAAUCUCCGCUCCGAGCUCUCUGCUACCAGCCGCAGACUGGCAGAGCUGGGUGCCAGCAGCCCCCCUGCUCUGGAGAACCAUCACCAGCACAACCACCACGAUGACAGCCUUCAUUACCGGGAUCCGUCAGUGCAUCACAGACACAAGACAGCGGUGACAGACAUGUGCUACCCGACAGAGAUAUCUAGCCUGAUGGACUUUGGCACUCCAGAUUGCUCACUAGGCAAAGUGUUGUUACGUGAGGAGGUAGCCCAGCUUCAGGAGGAGGUCCACCUGCUGAGGCAAAUGAAGGACAUGUUGAGCAAGGACCUCGAAGACACGCAGGGAGGCUGCUCUGCCAACCUGCUCUCAGCCACCGAGUUCCGAGUGCAGCUGGGAGAGAAGGAGCAGGAGUUGGACCGGGCCAAGGAGGCCUUACAAGCCAUGAAAGGGGACCGUAAACGUCUAAAAGUGGAAAAGUCCGACCUGGUGAGUCAGAUGCAGCAGCUGUACACAACACUCGAGAGCAGAGAAGAGCAACUACGAGAAUUCAUACGCAACUAUGACCAGCACCGAAAGGAGAGUGAGGAUGCAGUGAAGGUCCUGGCGAAGGAGAAAGACAUGCUGGAAAGAGAAAAGUGGGACCUGAGGAGGCAGACCAAGGAAUCCACGGAGCAGGCCAACAUCCUGCGCUCUCAGAUGGACACAAAGGAGAACAGGAUCAAAGAACUGGAGGCUGAGCUCACCAUGGCGAAGCAGUCCCUCGCCACACUGACUAAAGACGUACCGAAGCGGCUUUCUCUGGCCAUGGCGACAGAGCCCGUGGUGAACGGCAGUCAGGAGUGGGUGAUGCAGGCCGACCUGCCGCUCACUGCCGCCAUCCGUCAGAGCCAGCAGACCCUGUACCACGGACACACCACAGACAGACAGGCUGUGGUCAGAAUUAGCCCCUGUCACUCUCGCCAGCCCUCUGUCAUCUCCGACGCCUCGGCGGCCGAUGGAGACCGCUCGUCUACGCCCAGUGACAUCAACUCGCCUCGUCACCGGACCCACUCCCUCUGCAAUUCCAUGGAGGAUCUGGAGGACCAGAAGCGUAAGAAGAAGAAGGAGAAGAUGACACUUGGUUCUCUGUCACGGGUGUUCACUCGGGGCAAACAGCGCAAAUCCAUGGACCCCGGCCUGUUUGAUGGUACAGCCACCCCUGAUUAUUACAUAGAGGAGGAUGCCGACUGGUGAUACUGUGUGUAAAAGGCGCAAGCAUCUGUGUGUGUGUGUGCGUGUGUGCGUGUGUGUGUGUGGCUAUCCACCUGGCUUUAACAGUGUGUUUGGAGCAUUUUUGUUUGUGGUGGUUUGUGUGUGUGGAAGGGGUCAAAAUUUAAAAUGAGAAAAGCCCUAACAGAGACUGCUAUUCCAUAAAUGUACAGUAUAUUACCCUUAAAUUGUGUUUGUAAAUUAGAUAUAUAUUUAUAGAUGCACAUGUAUGCAUAUGUAUAUGUAUAUAUAUAUACAUAUCUAUGUCUACAAGCAUAUAAAUAUAUACAGUACAUUGGGUUAUGAUAAUGUGUAGACAUGUUUAUGCUGUAUUAUCUUUAAAAAAAAAAGAGCUUAAUGUUUAUGUUUUUAUAACUGGAGACUUGAAGGACUGCUGUUUAUAUGUAAAUAGGAGUUAUUGUGAAAGUUAGUGUUUUUUUACUGUAAAUGUCAUUUGGCUUUAUGUUACUUUACAGUUGCUUUCUUCAUGCCUUUGCAACACUGACUUCAGUGUUUUCUUCUUAUCACCCAAGUUUUAUUUCGCCAUUUUUUUUCUAAUUAUUAUUGAAGAGGAGGAGGAGAUAUUAGGGGGAAAAAAGAUUUUAUGGACUCGGAUUGGCCAAAUUAUGCUUAUGCAAAUUGUGUCUUUUCAUGGCAGGAUUGUCAACAUGCUAUAAUAAUGCAUUUUCAGUUAGUAUAGUGGAGAAUGUCUAAUAAAGGUAGUUUAAAGGCACAACAACAAAAACAGCAGAAGAUGAUCAGGGAUGCAUAAAUCUGUCAGAAACCACGUGCAAGUGCCAAAGGUAACACAACUCAUCUUUGAAAAACAAUGUGCAUAUCAUUCAGUCCCUGUUAGCAUUAGCCUCAUGUGUGACACAUACGUGUUACUGAGCGUUGUCUAACGUGUGAGUACCAGACAAAUGAAUGUGCAUUAAACACUUGCAUGAUCCUUGAAAUGUC